AUGAAAAGAGCUAUACCAUUUAGCCCCAAAGCGAACGUUUCCAAGGUGCCUAAGUUAGAUAUAGCACAUGACUUCGGACAGUAUCAUUCUGUGAAUAAGAAAUAUUAUCCAAAUCCAAUUACUGCGAAGAGCGCCAAUCAAUUCAACAAUAAGUCGAGGGCUAAGCCAAUAGACAUCCUGGAAAAACUGCAGAAAAAACACAAAGUGUUACUCAAAGAUACUUCUACUGUUAUACAUUGGUUUCGGAACGAUUUACGCAUACACGAUAAUUUGGCGUUGUACAAAUGUGUUGAACUAUAUCAGCAGUUAAAGGAAAACAAUGCGGAUGCCAAGUUGUAUGCCAUCUAUGUCAUCAAUGAAGAUGAUUGGAGAGCUCAUAUGGAUAGUGGGUGGCAGUUGUCAUUUAUUUUAGAGGCAUUGAAAAACUUGCAGAAAUCCUUGGCUGAGCUACAUAUUCCUCUUCUUGUAUGGAAAUUCGACGAUUUUAAAAGCUCUUUGUCUAAUUCAAAAGAAUUUGUUACGUUUUUUAAAGAAAAGUGUCUGGAUUUAACCUCAGGAAAACCGGUGGCCAUUACAGCUAACAUUAAAUACCAAACAGAUGAACUCUACCGCGACAUUCGGUUAUUAGAACAGGACGACCAACGGAUUCAACUGAAGUUUUACCAUGACUCUUGUAUCGUUGCUCCAGGUCUACUCACUACCGGUAAAGGUACUAUUUAUUCCGUAUUUACUCCAUGGUAUAAAAAAUGGGUGUUAUAUCUGAACAAACAUAAAGAGAACGGUUCUGGAAUAUGUCAUUUGUACGAAAUUAAACAAGCAAAGUACAAUGAAAAAUUUGAGUUGGAACCGUUCGAUUAUAAAUUACCAGACGAGUUUGUUGAGUACAUUCCUAAAUCACAGUGGUCUUUGCCAGAGGCUUCUGAGGCUGCAGCGCUGUCUCUAUUGGAUGAUUUCCUACAAACUAAGAGCUCCAAGUAUAAUAAUGCAAAAGACAUGCUUUCUUUGGAUGGAACUUCUGGACUAAGUGCGUAUAUAACCACUGGUAUGAUCAGCACAAGAUUCAUAGUCAAUCAAGCUUCCCAAGUGUCCAAUGGCCAAAUUAUGGCCAAAGCACUUAAGGAUAACUCUUCUAUCCAGAAUUUUAUCAAAGAGGUGGCCUGGAGAGAUUUUUACAAACAUUGUAUGUGCAAUUGGCCAUACACAUCUAUGGAAAUCCCAUAUCGACUUGAUACUUUGGAUAUAAAGUGGGAGAAUGACCCAGCAGUAUUUGAGAAGUGGUGUAUCGGCAAUACGGGCAUCCCUGUAGUAGAUGCUAUAAUGAGAAAAUUACUAUACACGGGGUAUAUCAAUAAUAGAUCUAGAAUGAUUACAGCUUCUUUUCUUUCCAAGAAUCUGUUAGUAGAUUGGAGAUGGGGUGAACGUUGGUUCAGGAAGCACUUGAUAGACUGUGAUUUAUCAUCAAAUAUUGGCGGCUGGGGUUUUUGUUCCAGUACGGGAAUUGAUGCUCAGCCAUACUUUCGAGUAUUUAAUAUGGAUUUACAAGCGAAAAAAUACGACCCAGAGAUGAAAUUCAUCAAGAAAUGGAUUCCAGAAUUGCCCAAUUCUGAAGGUCGUCAUUCAAAAGACUACCCAGAUCCGUUAGUGGAUUUAAGGGAUAGCAGGGAACGCGCUCUAGAGGUAUAUAAAAGCGCUAUGUGA